CUGUCUCUUUUCUUUUUCUUUCUUCCAAGCUUUUACGGUCACACAUAUUCUUCUUCUAUUUAAACCAUUCAUGUUUUGAUUUUCUUCUUGUAGCAAUGGACUUAAUAGACCUUCUCAUUCUUUGUUCUGUACUCGUCUUUCUCCUAUUGUGGCGGCGAUUCUGGUUCCACACCGGCGGUGGACCAAACAAUCUCCCCCCAGGUCCGCCGGGUUGGCCUCUGGUAGGCAAUUUGUUCCAAGUCAUUCUCCAACGCCGACCAUUCAUUUUUGUAGUACGUGAUUUACGUGCAAAAUAUGGCCCUAUAUUCACCAUGCAAAUGGGUCAACGUACUUUGGUUAUAGUCACCAGCUCUGAGCUCAUCCAUGAAGCUCUUGUCCAUAGAGGCCCAACCUUCGCUAGCCGGCCACCUGAUUCGCCUAUCAGGCUGGUGUUCAGCGUUGGAAAAUGUGCAAUGAACUCGGCGGAAUAUGGACCUCUAUGGCGCACUCUCCGCCGGAACUUUGUCACUGAGGUGACAAGCCCGACGAGAAUCAAGCAGUGCAGCUGGAUAAGACAAUGGGCAUUGGAGAAUCACAUGAAAAGGUUCAAAAGGGAAGCCUUAGAAAAUGGGUCUGUUGAGGUAUUGAACAACUGCAGGCUCACAAUGUGCAGCAUCCUAAUAUGCAUUUGCUUAGGAGCAAGAAUCUCUGAAGAUAGGAUCAAGAACAUUGAAAGAAUACUAAAAGAGGUUGCGCUAAUGACAACACUAAAGCUACCAGAUUUCUUGCCGGUUCUUGCUCCUUUGUUUAGCAGACAAAUGAGAGAAGCUAAGGAACUGAGGAAGAAACAGAUGGAGUGCUUGGUUCCAUUGAUAAGAAACAGAAGAGCUUUUAUAGAGAAAGGCGAAAAUCCAAACUCAGAAAUGGUGAGUCCAGUUGGUGCCGCCUAUAUAGACUCGCUUUUUGAUCUGAAACCGCCGUCUAGAGGUCCAUUAGGAGAGCAAGAAUUUGUGACACUGUGCUCUGAGGUAAUUAAUGCCGGAACUGACACUAGUGCAACAAUCAUUGAAUGGGCGCUUCUUCAUUUGGUGCAGAACCAAGAGAUUCAAGACAAGUUGUACAGAGAAAUUGCUGGGUGUGUUGGCAAAGGACUGGUUAAAGAAGAAGAUGUUGAGAAAAUGCCUUAUCUUGGAGCUAUCGUAAAAGAAACUCUCCGGCGACACCCACCAAGCCACUUCUUGUUAUCUCACGCCGCAGUUAAGGAUACAGAACUUGGAGGCUAUACAAUUCCGAUGGGUGUCAACGUGGAGCUUUACACUGCAUGGGUGACUGAAGAUCCAGAUAUUUGGAAAGAUCCGGGAGACUUCCGACCUGAGAGGUUUUUGGAAGGUGAUGGUGUUGAUGUGGAUGUUACAGGGACUCGUGGGGUGAAGAUGGUGCCAUUUGGAGCCGGACGGCGGAUAUGCCCGGCGUGGAGUCUAGGUAUAUUACAUGUGAAUUUGAUGAUUGCUAGGAUGGUGCAUGCUUUCAAAUGGUUGCCGGAUCCGGAAUCUCCACCGGACCCAACUGAGACUUUUGCCUUCACCGUUGUAAUGAAGAAUCCUUUAAAGGCUGUGAUCUUGCCUCGAUCGUGAAUUGAAAUUUUCAUUUAGUAUUUUACCAUACCUUGUUGAUUCAAUUAUAAGGUUAAUUAUAUAAUUAUAAUAUUACAUUUU